GUAUGUGCAUAGAAUAAUGGCAUUAGAAGGCAACGAAACCCCUCACAUCCUAGUGUUCGUUGAUGAAGCUGGCUUCAACCUGGCCAAAGGUCGAAGGCGUGGCCGUAACAUCAUUGGCCACCGAGCCACUGUGGAUGUCCCAGGCCAGCGAGGAGCAAAUAUAACAAUGUGUGCCGCUAUAUCAGAAAGAGGUGUGGCCACACACAUUCCCAGUUUAGGGCCCUACAAUACACAAAAGCUCCUCAAUUUUUUGGACCACCUUUAUACUGAUCUGAUCCCAGAAAAUGAGAGAGGUGUAGAAGGACCUCAGCUACCACAUUAUGUCAUUGUGUGGGAUAAUGUGAACUUCCACCGCGGCCCACGCAUCAGAACCUGGUUCACCACCCAUCCCCGGAUGCUAAUGGAGUUUCUUCCACCUUACUCUCCUUUCCUAAAUCCAAUUGAGGAGUUUUUUUCAGCUUGGAGGUGGAGGGUGUAUGAGCAUCAGGCUCAAGACCAGAGGGCCCUGCUGCAUGCAAUGGAUGCUGCAUGUGAGGACAUCACAGGGGAUCAAUGUAGGGGAUGGUUGAGACAUUCACGCCGUUUCUUCCUUCGCUGCAUCGCACGAGAAAAUAUCCGUUGCGAUGUGGAUGAGAAUUUAUGGCCUGACAGAGAGCAGCGCGUCGAUGGCCAGGAGGAUGAGGAUGGUGGCCAGGAAAGAGAGGGUGACAAUGGCGACCACUGAAAAUAUUACUGUACUAUAGUUCUGAAACUUUAUUUACAGUAUGGUAGGCUAGAGGUUUUUUUGUUUUUUUUGUUUUUUGUUUGUGUUUAUAACUGUUCACAUUUACAGAAUCCUGUAUAUGUUUUCUUUUCACAGUAUGUUCUCUAAUGUUAACAUUUCUUUGUACGAAUAAAAAUGUUUACAGUUUCCUUGAGUAUGAGUGGUUUAUUGGAGGCUGAUUUUACUGUAAAAUCUUUUGGUUUUAUUCAUAGUGGUAUUCUGUUGCUAGACCUGUGCCUCAGUGACAAAACGUCUAAGCAUUUUGACUUGCAGUGCUUAAACAAUGCCAAAGGUAUAAUGCAUUUUGGGGGCAUUGACUAUUUAUAUGGGAAGGAUAUUUAGUUUUGACACAUGGAUAAACUCUUUUGGGAGAGAUAUGAGCUUUUGCAGGGGAUCCAUGGUGUUGUGCUAAACCAUCCAGGUUAUUCUGACAAAAGCACUAAAUGAAUGCACAUGUGCCAAGGCAAUUGAGAAGGAUCUGUGCUAUUUUGACUGUACUGACCUUUUAUAUGGGAAAGGAAUCUGCUUUUGAAGCAUGGACGAAGAGUUUGGGGAAAGAUAUUUGAUUUUGCUAGUGAGCUAUAAUGUUGGGCAGCACUGUAAGACUGUUUGGCCAAAUGACCUUAUGGUUUUGAGAAUGUCAUCUCGGUUUCAAGAAAUGAGCCAAACCAAUCGAGAAA